UCAUGUGGACUGAAUUGUGUCAUUUCUGUUCCCUGCCAUGAGCAGAGGGGGGGAGUAAAGGGCAUAGGAGGCUUAGAGGUACCCUUGUGUCGUUUUUUAAUGGGUGAGCCCAUGUGAGGAGGACUCCUGUCCCUCUGCCCCUGUCCUUAAUUUUCCUUUUAUUUCUUUUGGGUAGUCUUGAGUCCUUUAUCUUAUACCUUUUUCAUUGCCACACCAACUCAGUAAGUUGUGAGGGGAUGUCUCAUGUUUCUCCUCCCCUUCUCCCACAGUAGGCCUCUCGAGGAGGUAAGAAAGGAUCGCUAAGACUGCCCCAAGAACAAACUACAAAGAAGAGAAGCCACUGACAAGUUUGUGCUGGUCUAAUGGCCAAAGACAAUGUUGGAUCUCCAAAGAUCCAUCAGUUAGAUUUGAAGAGAUGGCGGUUAACGCAUCUCUUAGCUGUAAUUGGCCUCUGCGUUCUGUUUUACAUCCUCGGGGCUUGGCAGAACAAGACUACCCCAUCACUCACUGCCGACUCCGGUCUCACCACUAAAGUUGGAUGUGAAUCUGUUCUCCGGAAAUCCAAUGCCUCAGCAUCCUUGCCAUCAGAUGCAACUCUCGAUUUCGAUGCUCACCACCAGCAGAGCGUGGAUGAAAGGUCCAUGGUGAUCGAGAAAUUCCCACCUUGUGAUCUUAAUUUUAGCGAGUACACACCUUGCCAAGAUCGCCCCAGGGGGAGGAGGUUCGCGAGAGCAAUGCUGGUGUACCGAGAGCGACACUGUCCCGAAAAAGAUGACUCCAUACGGUGCCUAAUUCCUGCCCCACCGAAGUAUAAAACACCUUUUAAGUGGCCUCAAAGCAGGGACUAUGCUUGGUUCGAUAACAUUCCUCAUAGGGAACUCAGCAUUGAGAAGGCUGUCCAGAACUGGAUCCAGGUAGAAGGCAACCGGUUCAGAUUCCCUGGCGGUGGGACGAUGUUCCCACGAGGUGCUGAUGCUUAUAUUGAUGAUAUAAAUGAUCUGAUUUCAUUAACCGACGGUAACAUCAGGACUGCGAUCGACACAGGCUGUGGAGUUGCCAGUUGGGGUGCUUAUCUGCUGAAGAGGGAUAUUGUAACUAUGUCGUUCGCACCGAGAGACACACACGAGGCUCAGGUGCAGUUUGCUUUGGAGCGAGGAGUUCCAGCCAUGAUUGGAGUGAUGGCAACACAGCGGUUGCCAUAUCCAGCUAGAGCUUUUGACAUGGCUCAUUGUUCUCGUUGUCUGAUUCCUUGGCAAGCUUAUGAUGGGUUGUAUCUAAUUGAAGUUGAUCGAGUUCUAAGACCAGGAGGUUAUUGGAUUCUGUCUGGUCCUCCAAUUCACUGGAAGAAGCACUAUCGAGGUUGGGAAAGAACUCAGGAAGAUCUGAAAAAAGAGCAAGAUUCAAUAGAGGAAGUUGCUAAGCGUCUAUGUUGGAAGAAAUUAAUCGAGAAGGACGAUCUAGCAAUUUGGCAGAAGCCCAUCAACCAUGUAGAAUGCAUUGAAAGUCGAAGGAUCUACAAGACACCUCACACUUGCAAGAAUGACAAUGCUGAUGCUGCCUGGUACAAAAAAAUGAAGACUUGUAUAACCCCAUUACCAGAAGUGAGCAGUCAGGAUGAAGUUGCAGGUGGUGAACUCAAGAAAUGGCCUGAGAGGGCAUUUGCUGUUCCACCAAGAAUAAGCAGCGGAUCGGUACCUGGGUUGACUACUAAGACAUACAAAGAUGACAAUACAAUGUGGAAGGAACGGAUAGCAAACUACAAGAGAAUUAUUCCACCUUUGUCUCAAGGACGAUACCGAAAUGUGAUGGACAUGAAUGCAUACUUGGGUGGAUUUGCAGCAGCUAUGAUGAAGUAUCCUGUGUGGGUGAUGAAUGUAGUCCCUGCAAAUUCAGACCAAGACACCCUUGGUGUGAUCCAUGAGAGAGGAUUUAUUGGAGCGUAUCAGGACUGGUGUGAAGCUUUCUCAACUUAUCCUAGAACUUAUGAUCUCAUCCAUGCUAGUGGCCUUUUCAGCAUUUAUCGGGACAGGUGUGACAUAACAUACAUCCUCUUGGAGAUGGAUCGGAUACUGAGACCAGAAGGAACGGUGAUAAUACGCGAUGUCGUCGAUGUCCUUACUAAAGUUAAGGCGCUAACAGAUGGAAUGAGAUGGAAGAGUCAGAUCAUGGAUCAUGAAAGUGGACCUUUCAACCCUGAGAAGAUCCUUGUAGCUGUCAAGACUUACUGGACUGCUGAGCCCUCCAAGAAGCAAUAAUUGAUCUAUUUUUUUGUCAUAAUAUGUGAACUAAUUUGCCUACUUUAGAUAGGGGAUUGGAUUUCAUGCAGGUCUCUCUACCCAACCACUGUGUACUAUCCAAUUGUAUCUGGCUUUUGUUCUAUACUUGCAGUUUCUCUUGUUCUCCUUCUCA